AUGUGUUGUUUAUCAAAACAAAUUAGCGAUCGAGGGAUUGAAAAAAAAGAUUCAAAGCAACUGGCAGCUGAUAUCAAUGGUCUUAUUUUAGCGUUCUCACGCUUCAAGGAUGUCCUACUAGGCGAUGAUAAUGAUUUGGAGAAAAUGAAGUCCUUUUUCGAAACAUUUGCUAAAGUUGGUUAUGCACAAUGCAAUGAUUUUAUUCACUCAUCAUCGACUUAA